UGGACGUGAGCCGCCGUGAUGGACGCCGUUGAUGUGUCGAAGAAGGUGUUGCAGUUAAAACUUCAGCUCAAAGAAACGACCGACUCAAAGAAGGUCCUGAAAAUCUUAAAGAAACUACAGGAGUUGGAUAUAACCCUAGGCAUUCUUGCAGAGACCGGAAUCGGCAAAGCUGUAAACUCUUUGCGCAAGCAUGGGGAUGCAGGAGAAGUCGUCAGGCUAUUGGUCAGUCACUGGAAGAAAUUGGUUCCAAAAGAAACCUUGAGCCAUACAGAGAAGGAUGAUGCUUCGCAGAGCAAGCUUUUGGUAACUGAAGCGGAGAUUCAAAACUGUUCAAAGGAGGCGUGCUCAAAAAUAGAGGACCAAAGUAAAAAUGCUUCAAAAGAUGAGUGUUUAAAAACUGAUGAGGAAAACCAAGAUGGGCCUACUUCAAAAGAAGAGCAUUUGAAAAGGGACGAGAAUCAAGAAAAUGUAAAAGAUGAGCAUUUGAAAACUGAAGACAAAAACCAAGGUACUGCAGAGAAGGCUCAUUUACAGGAAGUAGAUGGAGACUCAAAUGAAUUGAAGAAGGAUCAUUUUAAAAGUGAGAAGGAAAACAAGAAUACUUUGAAGAAGGACAAUUCCAAGGAUGAGUCGAAAAAACACAAGGGGAAACGAGAGGGUUUAAUGGUUUCUGAAAAAAAUCAUCAUUGGAGUAGAAAUUCUGAAGAUGACAAUGUUGUGCUUGGAAGCACAACAUCUAAGAGCAGCCACAAGAAAGCCAAGUCGAUUUCCAGGGAAGAAUCUAAAAACAAUUCAGAUAACGGGGGGAAAUGUGGGACGUGGAAAGAGUCCAAUAGAAAAACACUGCAGUGUCCAAAACCAUCCAGCGAUGAGUCUUCAAAAUCUAAACCUGAUAGAAAAGGGACAGUUAUUGACAAAUCCAAUGACCAAGACAACAAAAAAGCUAAAAAAGUGAGUGACUCCUUAGGUUGUAAUGGAGAGAGGCCGAAACCAAGUGAAAGAAAGCAAGUCUACCAUGAAGACAAAAAAAAGACUGUACAUGAGGGAAAAGCGAAGACUAAAGAGAAAAUGGCGACGAUUAUUGAGGACAAGCCGAAUGAGAAUGAGGUUGAGGUGCCCUCCAUGUCUUUUGAGUCUUUCUUAAGCUAUGACAUCAACACACCUAAGAGGAAGAAAACAUCUGACAGUAAAAGAACUCCAAAGAAAUUCAAGACUGUUGAAAAAGAAGUAAAGGUUGUGAAGACACCCAGCACGAAAUCCAAUAAGCAGUUACCUGCGGCGACUGCAGAUCUUUCACCCCCUAAAAAGGCUAUGAAGGGGUCUGUGAUGGACUUGCUUAAUAUUCCAUUGCCCACAUUUCUACCUGAAUAUGACGAGCUCUCCAACUUCAACUACUACGACAGGAAAAUGGAAGACAAGUCUAAAGUCUCUGUCUCUGAGGGUCCGGUCUUCACUGGUCAAAGACUCAACCGGAAGAUGCAGGUCUAUUCUGGUGCCAAGUCUGCCUUUCUCCCAACCAUGAUGUCUUUGUACCAGCAAUGUAUCCGGGCACUGCAGAACAACAUUGACUUGCUCUAUGAGAUCGGAGGGGUCCCAUUUGAAAUCCUUGAGCCAGUACUAGAGCGCUGUACACCUGAUCAGCUGCUUCGUAUUGAAGAGUGCAACCCGAUGUAUGUUGGAUUGACUGAUCACUUAUGGGAGAAGCACUGUCAGCGGGACUUUAGGAAUGCCCAGCUGGAGGAAUACGAGUCCUGGCGAGAGAUGCACAUGAGGCUAUCUGAGGAAAGAGAGAGGAAGCUCCAAAGACUGACAAAAACCAUAGUCUCUGCUCAUUCAGGAAAACCCAAAGGCCGGCAGGUGAAAAUGGCGUUUAUUAACUCUGUUGCCAAGCCGCCUAGAAAUGUGAGAAUCCAGCAAGAGAUCCAUGGAACUGCUAGACAUCCACGAAUCCAGCAGGAGAACAAUGGAACUACUACUGGUGCUGUACUGCCGCCUCACCCACUGGACAGGCCCAGUGUCAAGGCCCAGGAAAACAGAGCCAGACCCUGUUAUGUUGAGCCCCCUAAACCUAGCACCACUGUCUCUGGGACCAGCCAAGCACAAGACUCCCGCAAAAAAACACGGGUGGCACCUAUGAUGGCAAAGUCUCUGAAGGCCUUUAAAACGAUGGGGCGCAGAUGAAGGCCCUAAGAGGAUGGACUGCUGGAAACUGUUGUGGAUAAAGGUGCAUUCAUUCCACUUCAUGCAUUCAUUCCACUACUCUUCAUUCCAGGCCGAAUGUCCACUCAUGGCCUACUUUACUUUUUGAGACAAUUGGAUCUGUCACUAUACACUGAGUAUACACAACAUUAAGGACACCUGCUGUUUCCAUGACAGACUGAACAGGUGAAUCCAAGUGAAAACUGUGAUCCCUUAUUGAUGUCACUUGUUAAAUUCACUUCAGAGUAGAUGAAGGGGAGGAGACAAAUUAAAGAAGGAUUAUUAAGCCUAGAGACAAUUGAGACAUGGUUUGUGUGCCAUUCAGAGGGUGAAUGGGCAAGUCAAAAUGUUUGCCUUUGAACGGG